CUGAGUCAACCAGCUGUUCUCGUCUAAAGGCACCAAAUGCCUGUCUACAUAUUCAGCAUUAACAAGGACAUUCUGCUAUCAGUGUUCAUCAAAUGCCAUAAUCAUAAUCAUGACAAAUACUGGAAAGAGAUUUACCUGGUUUCGGUGGCUAUGCACUGUUUUUGGACUACUUUUUUAUUUAGCAGACAUUGGAUCAGACUUCUUGUUAUCUGUGCAGUAUUUCAAAAGUGGACAUGUCACCUGGGCUGCACUGACUCUUGUGUUUGUUCUGGUCGGAUCUUUAUGCAUACAGAUAUUCAGCUAUGCAUGGUUCAAAGAUGACAAGGAAAAUUAUGAAGAAGAUGACAAGGGUCUGUCCACUUGCCAUCUUAUCAGUAUACAUGUACUGCAGAUAGGCAUUUUUACAAGGUAUGUCCAUCUUCUGAAGAGGAGUUUUAAAGCCCUGCGUUCGGAAGACACUCAAGAGGAGGAGCAGUUCCAUCUUUUCGGCCUUGCUACAGAUCUUAGCAUGCUCCGCAUGUUUGAGAUGUUCCUGGAGAGCGUUCCUCAGCUCGUUCUGCAGGUCUAUAUCAUACUGGAGCAUAACCAUCGCUCUAAUCUGCAAUACAUUAGUAUGGCCAUGUCUUUUCUCACCAUAGCCUGGGCCACGGUGGAUUAUCGUCGCUGUUUUCGGCGCUCUCUACCUAACCUUAAAGAGAUGCCUUCUGGAAUCCCAACAGCCGUAUACUUGUCCUACAAAAUAUUUACCAUAACCCCACGAAUCCUCAGCCUCACGCUCUUCAUCAUGCUCUCCACCUUCAGUACUGUAGCAAUGGCCUGCAUAUGGCUUGUGGGAACCGUCUGGGCAUUCGUGGAGGACACCGACUUCUGCACUUCACGAGUCCUUGAAUAUCUUUAUCGAACUAUUGUUGGAGUUAUUCUCCUUUUUACCUUCUUUAACAUUAAAGGAGAAAACGCCAAAGUCCACAUGACUGUGUAUUACAUUUUCAGUGUGGGUCAAAACCUUGCUGCACCCAUUUUGUUGUUUCUGCUCAAACCGGAAUCAGAAGGGACUGACUACUUCCUGCCCAUUAUAUUUUUUAUAUUAGUGUCUCAUUCAAUGGGACUGGGUUUUCUGGGACUCUAUUACAGCCUCCUGCACCCUCAUCAACCUUGCAGAGAGAAAAUCGCAGAUGAAAUAGAUGGAAUGGAUCAAGUAGAUGGGAUGAACCACGAGCCAAAAACAACACGUUUUGAGCGUUUCUUGCGAAUAUAAUAGUCUUGCUGAUAAACUAAUGAACUUGAUUAACAAAAA